GCCAAGCUGCGCCGGGAGCUCAUCACCCCCAAGGGCGGCGGCGGCGGCGGCCCCGGAGAAGGUUUUGAUGUUGCAAAGACAGGUGAUGCCCGAAUCGGGUUUGUGGGUUUUCCAUCAGUGGGGAAAUCUACUCUUCUAAGUAAUCUUGCUGGUGUAUACUCUGAAGUGGCAGCAUAUGAAUUCACUACACUGACUACUGUACCUGGGGUCAUUAGAUACAAAGGAGCAAAAAUACAGCUUCUUGAUCUCCCAGGAAUAAUAGAAGGUGCGAAGGAUGGGAAAGGCAGAGGACGGCAAGUCAUUGCAGUUGCUCGAACCUGUAACCUCAUUCUAAUUGUUCUGGAUGUGCUGAAACCCCUGGGGCACAAGAAAAUUAUUGAGAAUGAACUAGAGGGAUUUGGAAUACGCCUGAAUAGUAAGCCCCCCAAUAUUGGCUUCAAAAAAAAGGAUAAAGGUGGCAUUAACCUUACAGCCACGUGUCCUCAGAGUGAGCUGGAUACUGAAACAGUGAAGAGCAUCUUAGCAGAGUAUAAAAUUCACAAUGCCGACGUCACACUGCGCAGCGAUGCCACUGCUGAUGACCUAAUAGACGUUGUUGAAGGAAACCGGGUUUACAUCCCAUGCAUUUAUGUCCUGAAUAAAAUUGACCAGAUUUCCAUUGAGGAACUAGAUAUUAUUUACAAAGUACCCCACUGUGUACCGAUAUCUGCUCAUCAUCGCUGGAACUUUGAUGAUUUGCUGGAGAAGAUUUGGGACUACUUGAAGCUAGUACGAAUCUACACAAAACCUAAAGGGCAACUCCCAGACUACACCUCUCCUGUCGUACUACCUUACUGCAAGACUACAGUAGAGGAUUUUUGCAUGAAGAUCCACAAAAAUCUCAUUAAAGACUUUAAGUAG